AUGGUUGAUGGGGAGAAAAGCACUGACAGUAGGAGCCAACCUCUUGUCAGAGAGGAGAAGCUUAAGAAAAUGAGAGAGUCUCAAACACGCUUAAAGGAAAGGAGAAAACAAGAACUCGCUGGUCUUCAACAUAAGGUCGAAACAUUAGAGAACGCAGUUAAAGAUUUGAGGAAUAGAGAAUCUCUGCUAUUGUCUGAUUUCCAACGAAUGAUUGAGGUAUUACAAGAGGAAUUGACACAUAAGCAACUCUACAAAAUUUUACUGUUUACGAAAUUGAGGUUGAAUGAGCAAAUCUUGCUGACUGCCGUACUGACAACUAAGCUACUUGAAGAAAAUAAUUUUAUGAAACACAAAAUUCUUUUUAGCAAUGGAAAGUUCAUCUUGAUUGACAUUUGUCAAAAAGUUUUUCGAUGUUUGAACAAAAUGAUCAUGAGCGACCCCAACUCUUUAAUACGUCACAGAUGUUUUAGAUACGUGAGCGUAUAUGGCAUUUCUUUGAUAGCGAGCUUCUUUGAGCAGAUAAAAAAUGUUUGUUUGCAUAAUGUAAUACCCAAGUACUGGCUCCUUCAUGAAAAUGCCCUACCUUCAGGAGCCUUGGGCGUCGAAGAAAUUUUAAAGUCCUUGAUCGAAUUCAUUGAUCCUGUAAUUGUUACAACUGGAGUUUUAUCUCUGCUUCUAUGUAGAUAUAUUUUUGCUACUAACUACGGGCCGGCUAUCUUCGAGGAUGAUUUGAAAACUUGUAUCAGUAUUGCUUCAAAAAGUAAGUUCGACGAAUUAUACCUCCUAGAUACUUUGGAUGAAGUCAUAUGUGAAGAAGAUGAUGACUUGAAAGAAACAAGCUAA